CUGGGAUCCAGGGCUGGGUUUGCUCCAUGCUCUCUCCUCACACUGGAUGUCCCCGGGACUAGAGCUGCAGAGCCCGGGAAGCGAGUCCUCCUCCAGCCGGUGCCCAGUGUUGUCCUACAGGUUUCAAUAAUGCUCCUAAAUUUCUGAUUUAACUAUUGGAAAAGCAUCAGAAGUGACAUCGCUCCCCUGUGUCCACUGUACGUGCGCUGACCAGAGGUGGAACAUUAUGUAAUGCUUUGAGUCUGAACACUGGAACCUUUGCAGUAUCUUUGGAUAUCUGUUCUCCAUGCUGCCCCAUAUUCUCAUAACGUGAAUGCUUCUCUGGAGUUGCGUCAUUUUUAUUGGCUUUGCUGAGCUCUACCAAGUGUCAGAAUGUGAUGUUACCUAAGAAAGUUGGGAAUGGCUCCUCUCGUAUUCUAUACUUUAUUGGUGAAAAAUCGGCCAGUGCCCACGCGGCUCUAUUGUUUCCCAUAAUGCUAAGAUUGUUGCCGCCUGACAAUGCCGAUCACUCAGGAGAAUGCUGUGUUUCAUCUAUCUCUUUUACACCAAUGGCUGCAGGACAACCUCCACACAGGAGACGGCGGACCAGAGAAUGGCGUGUACAUGGCCGCCAUCCAAAAACUCAAGGAAUACAUACAGCUAAACUUCAACUUGGAUGAGGCGACCUCUGGCAGGUACCAGAGCACCUUAGACAUGGAAAUCUGCACUGCAUACCUCACUAGGGAUGGAGAGGAGGACGUGGUUCUUGGUCUGAAUUUUGGAAACAUUCCGAUAUUUGGACACUGCGGUGAAAAGAGGCGAGGGAGUAAAAAAAGAAAAGUGCUAAAUGGCCCAGUUCUGGAUGUGGGAUGUAUAUGGAUUACGGAUUUAAAGAAGCAGAGUCCAGCCGCCACGAGUGGAAAGAUAAAGCUACGGGAUGAGGUCUUGUCCUUGAAUGGUCAGCUAAUGGUCGGUGUCGAUGUCGGUGGUGCCAGUUACCUGGCUGAACAGUGCUGGAAUGGCGGAUUUAUCUACUUGAUCAUGUUACGGCGCAUUAAACGCAAAGCUCCUCUUCCUCCUACCAAUAGUGGCCAUGCCAAGACCUGUGAACCAAAAGCAACAAGUUCUACCUCACAGCCAAGCAUUAGGGCGAUACAAAAUGGCAAAAGAACCAGGAAAUUUGGAGUCAUCUCAAGGACUGUAGGCAAAGACGGCAAGUGUAGUAAAGGAGGGCAGGAGGGCAUUGAUGAAAAUGGGCAUUGUUCACCUAUGGAGGUUGAUGGAGGACAUUAUGACGAGGAAACGACGGGAAGCAAGGGUCACAUGAGGGAGGACUCUAACAGCAGUUAUGAUGAGGACAGAUGUGAGUAUCUCGUGUCGAAAGCUGCAAGGACUUCCCCGAAACCGAACGACUGCUCUCCUCAGCGGGAAGGCUGCUGCAUAUGGAAGAUGCACAUGAAGAAGGGAGCAGAUGGAUUAGGCAUUCAGAUUACCGGCGGCCGGGGCUCCAAAAGGUCUCCACAUGGUAUUGUUGUGGCCCAUGUAGAAGAAGGCGGCUCGGCAGACAGGGAUGGUAGAUUAAAAGCAGGCGAUGAACUUCUAAUGAUAAAUGGCCAGUCACUGGUGGGACUGUCACACCAAGAAGCGGUGGUCAUUCUGCGGAGCGCUGUUGGAGUGGUGCAACUUGUUGUUGCCAGCAGGGAUGGUACGGAUGUUGAUUUUUGCAAGUACCCCUCCACCAGUCUGCCCGACCUGGUGAGUGCGUGCGCCGCUCAAGAUGUUCACACCGAUAAUAAGGAGAAUGUGCACCCGGACCAGGACGAUGAGAAAGGAUGCGGGGUGCCCGUGGCGGACCCAGCAGCUGCAGCUGAGACUGACAACUUUCAGGAACAAGAAGCGGUGGAUGAUACCAAGGGCCUCUGUAGAAGUCCAACUCUAGGGAACAGUCUUCUCAAGUACCGCAGUAGAUCACAAGGGAGCGGCAGCCGGCUGGAAUCGGUGGGGGAAGAUGAUGAGCUGGCAGUCGGUAAUGAAGACUCUUACCUUGAUAAAGGAGACAAAUUUCCAAGGGGAUGUCGUAAACAUUCGCUCCCUCAACAGCUGGACUCUUCAGGAUCCCGGCAGGAAUAUGCUAUUGUGAAAAAGACUGCAAGAUCUUUAAGCACGGCGCAGGUGGAGUCCCCCUGGAGGCUCGCUCAGCCGUCUAUCAUCUCUAAUAUCGUCUUAAUGAAAGGACAGGGGAAGGGUCUUGGCUUCAGUAUUGUCGGUGGUCAGGAUUCAGCCAGAGGUCGCAUGGGGAUUUUUGUGAAAACAAUCUUCCCAAAUGGAGCUGCAGCUGCCGACGGGAGACUUAAAGAAGGAGAUGAAAUCCUGGAAGUAAAUGGAGAGUCAUUACAGGGGACGACGCACCAAGAGGCUAUUCACACUUUUAAGCAACUCAGGAAAGGAGUAAUCACGUUAACCGUACGUACCCGGCUCCGCAGUCCCAGCCUCACACCAUGUGCGACCCCAAUAUUAAUGAGCCGCUCCAACUCCCCUAACUCUAGUUUUAGCGUUGGGCCAUCUGUGGUCGGCUCAGAAGAUGGCGAUUCUGCCUCCCGUAAAGGUCCCGGUCCCAAAGACCGUGUCGUCAUGGAAGUUACACUUAACAAAGAACCCGGUGUUGGCCUAGGUAUUGGGGUCUGCUGCCUUACCCUUGAAAACAGCUCUCCAGGGAUUUAUAUUCACAGCCUAGCCCCAGGAUCUGUUGCCAAGAUGGAUGGAAGACUGAGCCGAGGUGAUCAGAUUUUGGAAGCGGACUCUGUGAGUCUUCGUCAUGCUGCUCUGAGUGAGGCAUACGCCAUAUUGAGCGAAUGUGGGCCGGGUCCUGUAAGCCUGAUCAUCAGUCGCCACCCAAACCCGAAGAUGUCAGAGCAAGAAAUGGAUGAAGCCAUCUCUCGUACAACCCAUCGUGAGAGCAGGGACCCCGGGAAUUCUCACUUUACAGGCCUCCAUUCCAUGAGUCCAUCGCCUACUGUGAAACCGAAGCAGAGAGAUGGAGAAGCACCGCUCAGCUGGACAAUGAAACGUUUCCUGGACCCGGCUAGUCGGGGCUCUGUAAGUUCUGAAGGGGAGCUGUCCCAGUACUUCUCGCAGGAUGCCCCCAGCCAGUCGUCUUCAUCUGACAUCGCGGUGACUGGUUCUAGUGACGAAGAGCAGCUGCGGGCGAGGAGUGCGAGCAACUCAAUGGAGGAAAACACUGCUUCUUUCAGCGCUGCCAGACAUGGGGCAGGGAAAUGCCAAGGUUCAGCCUGCCUGUCUCUGAGAAACGGCCUAACUCAAAGUCCUGGAAACAAACCUGUGGCCUCUAGGCAGUCCAGUGUAGACGGAAGCCCCCAAUCCAUAAGAAGUCCCCUCCAGAGACAGAGAAGAAUUGUCUGUUAUGAUGAUGAUGAGGGCAGCGAGGAAGACGACUUUGGUAAGAAAGAAAACAGACGCUUCUGUGAUGCUUCGAAAAAGAAUGCCGAUGAGGACUCUGGGAUUGUUAUGACCACCUCCUCCUUGGAUGAAGAGAUCCUGUCUGAGGACUUGCCUAGAAGUGUUAUCUGUGAGGCAGGGUCAUCUUUGUGUGGCAGUUCUGUGGAGUCCGAGGACGGCCCGCUGGAGCAUGGGGUGGACGUACCUUUUUUUGCUGUGAAGUCUUUUGAAUACUCCGGUAAGACAGAUGUACGUCCCAACACCUUGGGAAUUAAAGACCCGUUAGAAGGCCAAGCUGAAAAUAAGAGGUCUCCUAAACUGGAACAUAAAGCUGUGACCCGCGUCAAAAGCAUGCUGAGCACCGAAAACCCCAAUUCUUCCAAGCAAAAAAAUGAGGACAAUAAACAAUCUACAAAACCCACAAAGAUUGUUCCACCAGUAAAGAAGGCUGAAGGAGCCGAAGUGCUGGGCAAAAGUAACACAGAAACUGUAGAGCUCCUAUGUAGUGAAUAUGAGUCUGUUGGCUUAGAUCUGGAAAUCAAAGAAUCUCCUGUAAGAAUUAUCAUAGCUGGACUGAGGCUGCACGGAGAAACAGACAAGGAAUCUAUGGGAAAGUUGGCUCCUGGGGAUGAAAUUCUGUCGAUUAAUGGCAUCCGUGUGAGCGAAAUGUCUUAUCAGGAAACAUGUGACUAUGUACAGUGCUUACCCUCUGCUGUAACAUUAGAAGUCCGAAAGCCAAUAUCAGCUGUUGACAGGUUGUCUCUCAUUAUCAUGGCAUCAGGAGCAGAGACAAGCAGACCUGACCAAAAGGAGGUGACAUCAAGCGGAAAAUCACACGACUUUCCAAUGAUUGACUCUACAAUAUCUCCUAAACUUGUAACAAAGGAGGAACCACUGCAAGCCAAAUAUUGCUCCUCACCAGGUCACUGUGGUGGCAAUCCUGUCACCAAUAUUGAUGAGUUUAUCCAUGACUUACAAGAAUGUGAAUCGGUUCCACAACCUAAAACUGGGUUAAACCUAGGUGAUGGCAUGGAUUCUAGUACAAUUCUAGGGCAUAUUAAAACCGAUGCCACUCAUCUAGAACGAUCUAGUAUGCCUACGAUCUCUGCCGCACCAAUGGGUGGCUUGGGUAACCACUUGGGAUUUUCUAUUUUGGAUUCUAUUCCCAUGGAAAAUCCCAUAGCCGUUAACAAAAGUAUUUUAAGUAAUUACUGUAGAAAUUUCAGCAACCUUAUUUCUGAUGACUUCUCGCUGUCGGAAAAAUUUGAAAGCAGCUCUAUUGAUAUUUCUACUUCCAUGUACGGAGCGGCAGAUGACUCAGACAGCGAAUCUAUACUGGAAAUUCCCUCAGAUUCUACAAGUGACUUAAUUUCAUCCCUUCAGAACCAGUCUUUUGUGUCAGAAACCCAGACAACCACCGAUUCUGAGGAGGAGCAAAUUGAAAUAUGUUGUGGUUACAAAAAAGAGAAUAUUGAAAUUCAGGGGACGCCCCCGUUUUAUUCAUCAAUGCAGAGUUAUAAUGAUCCUGGAAAUAUGAAAUUGGAUAUACUGUGCCCAUCUGUCAAUAAUCUACAAACUUCCAGUCACAGUGCAGUGUCCACAAAGCAGGAGGUUAUUGGAAACAUCUUAGAUAGGACUCUUAUAGACACUUUACUUCAGGAAGAUUCUCAGGAACUUAAUAUACAUUGUGCCUUACAUACAGAAGAUCGGAGAAAGGGAGAAAUGAGUACAAGUGAUACAAUGGUGCCUUCAUGUAGUGAUACUAUGGGCACUAAUACUCCAUUCUGUAUAAAAGCUCACAAUACAGUAGAUAUGGGGUCCACACAUGUUGACCGUAAAACAUCUGAUAGAAAUGAUGAAAAAAGGCCCAGUGGUUGUUCUCAAGAAUCCAUUGGAAUCACCAAAUCUCCUUCUUCUAGCAAACGCAACCAGUCACCUAAAGGGGAAAAAGACACAAAGGGAAAAAUGGAGACAAAAGCAAGCAAAAGCUUAGCAAUGAAAUCCUCUAAUGUAGCAUCGGCAAAAGUACAUAAUGAAAAUAAAAAAAUGUUGAGUAGUAACAUUGAUAUGCUUAGUGCUCAGAUGCCUAAACCAGGACCAAAGCUAAAAGGUCUUUACAUUAAAAGCAAGAACAGACCAAACACUGAUCUAGCAAAAGCAAACACUAGCAGGACUGAAAGUUAUGAUGGUAGAAAAUCCUCUCCACAGCCGUCACCUAAACUUCUUCAUAAAAGGGCCACCAUGACAGAUGUCCUCUCUUCUCCCAGAGAGACAAGCACCAGAAAUCCAAAAACCUAUGACCACGAACAAAAUAACAAGUCUGUUAUGUCUCUACAUAAAGCUGAUUCCAAUUCAGCUUCAAGCCCCAAGACAAAUACUCUGUCAAAUGAGAAGUCACAUUUUGGUGGAACAAAGAAAUGUCCACUUGAAGGACGCCAAGAGAAUGGUUUCUUGGUAAAUGUUUCUAGUGUAGAUAUGGAGAAAAUUGUGGAAAAUGGUGCAUAUCACCCGCGAACUGGAACAAGCAGUUGCACCAGCAGGAAAAAGGAGACGGUAGGUGACAGCAAAUCAAGACAAAGUCUAAAUGGAGUUUGUAGGAACCUCACUGCAUCUAAAAAUGAGACACAAUAUGUGGAAGAACUAGAAAACCAAGAUAUUCAACGCACAUUCAUGGAAGUAAAAUUAUCACCUUCUCUGUCAGGGGGACAUCAAACUUCUUGUAAAAAUAAAAUUCCUAAUAAAAGUGAUAUUCCCAACAAUAAUGAAUUUGCUCUAGUUUUCAAAUCGCCCAAGCAAAAGCCAGAGACUGUCCUUACAGAGAAGCCCCCCAGUGGGUCCAAGACUGUGACAAGAACUUACUCUAUGCCAAUACAGCUCUCCAAUGUUCUGGACCUGGACAUGGUCCAUGAAAAGGAAUGUCUCUCUGAUCAUCUGGUUUCACCAGUAUCCGAUCAAAGUAUGGAUGACUGCAUUGUUCAGGAGUUUUCUAAAGAAACUUUAGAGAAACACGACCCCAAAGGGAAAAACUCUCUAAGAAGUGAUGUGUUAAGAACUAUUAAGAGAAACUAUUACUAUGAACUUAACUGGCCCCAUGAAACCGCUUCAUCUCUGACUGUCAAGCAAAGGAUUAAGUCAUUCGAAAAUCUUGUAAAUUUCGACAAAAGCGUCAUGAAAAUUAUUGAAAUUAAUAACACUCCUUUUUCUAGCAAGCCUCCUCUAAGUAGAAGAUCUUCAGGUUCUGUGCCCCUGCACACGCAAUCCAAUGAGAAUACAAAAGUUUUGAGACGUAGUUUAAGUUCUUGUUGUGACAACCAAAGUGAAGUGUCCUUAACAUCACAAAUCAAAAAAUCUCCAUCAAGUGUGGCCUUAACUUGUACUGAAAAAAUGCCUGUGGACCCUGUAAAGGAAGAUCCAGUGCCCGAGGUAACCAAGGUUGAAAAAACAGAGCCCUCUGUACAAGGUGUGCAGGUCAGGAAAAACAGGACUACAUCAAGUCAUAUACGGCCAUCUUUGUCUCGCUCUAAACUGCGGGAGCUGAGGGCGCUGAGCAUGCCCGACCUUGACAAACUGUGCAGUGAGGAUUUCUCCGUAGAAUCAAAAGCUCCGCAGUAUAAAACAGAACUUGAGAUUACACCUACAAGAAUGCUUGAAAGUGACUCCUAUGCUCGGAUAAGCUCUAAGGACAAUGUCUGUGGGACAGCUGGGAAUGAUGGUGAAAUGGUUCAGGAUGGGGAACUCUCACGAAGAUCCUGGUCUGUCAGCUUGGAUCAGCUCAUCGUCUCCACCAGGGACCAACAAAAACUACAGGCUGUUUUGACUUCUGUAGAAUCCAGAUCAGAUAUUAUUGCCUUGAUUCAAGAGGCGAAAAUGCAAGUUGAGAAAAAAGAUGAUGUCUACUUUGUUGUCCUGAGUAAAGAAGAGGGGUCCGGACUGGGGUUCAGCAUUGCCGGAGGGAUUGAUCUAGAGCAGAAGGCAGUCACUGUGCACAGAGUCUUCUCUAAAGCCGCUGCGUCAUGUGACACCAUCAUCGAGCGCGGAGACCGCAUCUUGUCCAUUAAUGGCCGCUCUCUACAAGGUGCAGCUCACGGAGACGCCCUGAGCGCUCUACACAGAGCCAAGCUGAGCAAAGAGGUCGUCAUCGUGAUCCGAAAAGAGAACGACCGAGAGAGGCCGUGCAGAGCGGACACGUCUGGGACAGGAGGAAGACUCCUAACAUCUGGAAGGGAUGCGUCUAUGGCAACUGAUGCAGCCGAUGUGGAUCUGCAGGAUGCCGUCUGCGUGGAGCUUCACAAGACGUCUGCAGGGCUGGGCUUCAGCCUGGAUGGAGGAAAAGCUUCUAUUUAUGGCGACAGGCCUCUGUUCAUCAAAAGGAUAUUUAAAGGUGGCGCCGCGGAGCAGGCUGGAAGAAUAGAAAUAGGAGAUGAAAUCAUUUCAAUUGGCGGCAAAGCUUUGAUCGGCCUCAUGCACUAUGACGCUUGGAAUAUAAUCAAAGCGGUUCCUGAGGGGCCCGUACAGUUACUGAUCAGAAAACACAGGACUGCAGUGUGAGGAGAAGCCCCCCACUCUUAACGCACUUCUUCUCUGUACAGAGGGCCAAGUGCCCCCUAGUGGUGUCCAUGGGAAUGACUUGACUGUAAAGACCUGGGACAUCAGACAAUGGUGACACUAAUGGCUGGCUCUCCAGGAGAUCUAUAAACAUCACAAUGGGAGGACGCAGGGUCAGCGCCGACCGCGCUACUAUUCCUGGCGGUGCCGCACGGCGAGGAUCCGCCAGUCUGGAUCUCUUAUGUGGGGAUUAAACUUGAAUUAAUGGCAUUUAUUUACAUCUCCUAUUUUAACCUUCUAUCUAAAGGAAAACAUCACAAGAAUGACGCUGCAUUGAAGAGCCCGUAGAUGUAGCAGAGAUGAAUUUGCUAUUUAACCAUUUCUCCUGCACUGUGAUAAUGUCCAGUUGGUUCAGCUACGCUGCUAUGACCGACUCGGCUCUGCUAGACGCAUAUGGCUCUGCUACAACUGAUUGUUGCGGGAACCUUUUUUUUUGGGUUGGCUUAGACAUCGGAUCACAUGAUGUGCAUAUUUAUAUCACUAUUUAAAAACUUGAUACAGUGUUUGGGAAUGUGAUAUUAUGGUUUGGAGCUCCAGGCCCUUUAACAGAUGGCCGAAUAGAUUUAUAUUUUUUUGUCUAUAAAUGGGGAUGGACCUUUAAGGUUCAUUAUGGAGUCAGGUCCAUGCCUGAGGAGUACCGAUUCUCCUUAAGGAGAUGGCCAGCUGGUAUAUGGGGGCAAUGCUCCCUGGGAGAAAAUAUAUGCAAAUUAGCUUGCCUCCUGAAGGAAGAAAAUUGGAUCUCUAGUGCCACCUACAGGACGCUACGCUGUAAGUCAUUGUUAAAUCCAUUAUGGAUGCCUGCAGUAUGGAUGAUGGCCUAAUAGGUGGCGCUAGAGCAGAGGCAGUUUGCAUAUCUUUUACCUCUGAUACAAUAGACAGAUGAAGCAGAGCUGAAUAGGUAACCUACCCCUCAUUCUAUGCAUCUUGAUGUAAGUGAAGAGAAUGGAGCCAGUUUAAUGGCAGUCCUAUGUAAAAUUGUAGAUUACAUUUACGGUUGUCCGAGUGUUUUCCAAGCAGGGUGCCUCCAGCUGUUGCAAAACUACAACUCCCAGCAUGCUGGGAGUUGUAUUUUUGCAACUGCUCAGCUGGAGGCACCUUGGUUGGGAAACACUGAUGUAUAGACAGUGAAGAACACGCAAUAUAGCACACAAUGAUAUAGAUUUAUACUUAGGCCAUGUUCACACUGUAAAAUCUGCCUUUUUUUUUUCUUUUUUUACAGUGUGUGAACAAGGCCUUAGACUGCAAAGUGAAAAAAU